UGACUGAGUCUACUGCUUGUUGUAGCCGGACAUUCGCACAACGGCGACGUCGUCUCCAUCGCGGACGCACAGACAGCAGCAGCAGCAGAGGAGUGCUGUUUUUGGGGACGAUUUUGUAAGGCUUUUGAACACAGACCGGGCAGACACACCGGAGUUUUUGUUUGGUGGUGCGAUACGUGCGUAGUAGACGGGCGUGCGUGUGAUUCGAUACUACAUCUACCUACUAUCAAAUGCAUAUCAGAUCGUAGAAGUUGAUUUACCGGAACAGUAGGCGUUCGGUUCCAGUUUGCUGCAUUCAUAAGUUAUGAAGAGUAUGCAAGUUUUGCACGUCAUCUAUCGAGAUUGUCAUUCUCGUGAAUAGUGGGCAAGGUUUACUUGUUUCAAUAGUGUAUUACUUAUGGAUUGCCUGGGGAGCUUUCAAGUGGAGUGCUUUUAAAACGUGAACGACUGUGAAACACACAGGAAUUAGACAUUUUAUUGCACAGUGAUUUAAUUGUGUGUAAUAAUAGCAAUCGAUAAUCGAAUACAACAACAUCGACCCUAUUGAAAGUACCUCGCCCAUUCCUAACCUGCCAUCACAGCCGCCAUGGACCGAAGUUGUCUACCCACCGCGAGCAGGCCCAACUUCCGCAAUCCCUUCGGACGACGGCCAUGGAUGGAGCAGAGCGGUGCAGCGGCCGCUGCCGGCGGCGGUACCGGUCUCAAGGGAAUCGUGGCCGGUGGCAUCACCGGUGGUAUCGAAAUCUGCAUCACAUUCCCCACGGAGUAUGUCAAAACGCAGCUUCAGCUCGACGAGAAAGGUGCCACCAAACAGUAUAACGGAAUCAUGGACUGCGUGAAAAAGACUGUCAAGAACAAUGGAUUCUUUGGUCUCUACCGAGGUCUCAGCGUGCUACUCUACGGGUCGAUACCAAAGUCGGCAGUGAGGUUCGGCGCCUUCGAAACCUUCAAAGGGUACCUGAUAGAACCGAACGGCCAGCUGAGCACUUCCGGUAAGCUGUUGGCCGGUCUGGGAGCUGGUGUUGCGGAAGCAAUCCUGGCCGUCACACCUAUGGAAACUGUCAAGGUUAAGUUCAUCAACGACCAGCGCAGUGGCAGUCCUCGCUACAAGGGAUUCGCUCACGGUGUCGGAAUGAUUGUCCGACAGGAAGGCUUUUCCGGUGUUUACAAGGGCCUCACGGCAACGAUCAUGAAACAGGGUUCCAACCAAGCCAUUCGAUUCUACGUCAUGGAAUCGCUGAAGGAAGUCUACAAGGGUGGCGAUCAGUCGAAACCGGUGCCAAAGAUGGUGGUUGGUGCUUUCGGUGCCGUAGCUGGUGCUGCUUCCGUCUUUGGCAAUACGCCCAUCGACGUAGUCAAGACCCGUAUGCAAGGUCUGGAAGCGGCCAAGUACAAAAACACCGUCGACUGUGCGGUGCAGAUUUGGAAAAACGAAGGACCUUUCGCGUUCUACAAGGGCACAGUUCCGCGAUUAAGUCGUGUCUGCUUGGACGUGGCCAUCACCUUCAUGAUAUACGACUCAUUCAUGGAUCUGUUCAACAAGUUCUGGCGCUAAACGGACCGACGACGUCUACGGUAAAGAUCCUCGACAUGACACGGAAUUUGAAGAGUAGCAAAUAUCAAGAACCGUAUCAGGGAGCUGUCUGCAAAGAUCCGUUGGAAGCUUUUGUAGCAAAACAACAAAUAAUCAACCUCAAUGUUAAUCGUCGUAGUCAAGCUAAGCAGCAAAACGAAUCUUAAAGAAGCAAGCAUGCAUUUGUGUUAGUCGAAACGAACAUAGCUCGUUUUAGGGAGGGAGGGGAUGAAUCACACAAUUACGAACGGGUAGAUUGUAAGCACUGAAACCUGAACAACAACAAAAAAAACUGUUAAAUGCACAAACAAGUAACGAACACUGUUUCCCCGUAGGUUUCGAAACGAUUUUAUACAAGCAACAAUCCUUACUAAUUUUUGUUUGCGGGUUUCAUGUACUUUAAAAUUCUAUGUUGAGCAACCGAGAAGCAUUCCAUUUUUCGUGACUUUAGUCGACAAUGAGCUAGGCUUAUUUUCUUUCUUUACGAAGUGCAUCCCGUAGGGAUGCAUUGAAAAACAAACCGUUCUAGACAUUAUGUCUUUUGUUAAUUCCAUUGAGCUGUUUAAAUUUCUAAUUUUAUACUAAAGAGUUUUGCAUGAUGAAUUUAAACGCUAUUGUUUGUUCCAAAAUUAUUCAAAGAGUAAUGCCUAUUUAUUGCUUGAUGUGUAAUAUAUGUCACAGUAAAAUGUGAAAAAAAAAACUAUAAUAAAAACGAAUGUAAAACAUAAA